GUAUCUGCCACCGGCGGUGGGGCCCACUGCGCAUAGAGAGGGGCGAGGACAAAGGCCGCCUCACGUACCCUCCUCUCCCCACGCUUCUCUAUUACCCGCCCUUUUCUGCCCGCCCUCCUCUGCUCCUCUGCUCCUCCUUCCCUUCCCCUGCACCUCUCUUCUUCCUCCUCGUGCAGAGCAAGCUAUGAAGCUAACACCAAAACAGCAGCAAGCCACCAAAAAGAACCAAACACAAACAAACAUAGCAUAAGCAAGCAUUCUAUUUCUUGCUCUUCUUCCACUUCUUGUUCGAACCGCACGCGCGCAUUCCCCUGUAGUGUAGCCACUGAGAAUCUCGCAGAAGGAAGUCUCCGGCCCGGCCAUGGGGAGGCACAAGUUCCGGCUCUCCGACAUGCUCCCCAACGCGUGGUUCUUCAAGCUCCGCGACAUGCGCGCCGCCCGGGCCACGGGCGCCGCCAGCCCCGGCGGCGCCGCGGCGUCGCGGGCGUGCCGGCCGACGCCGAGCACGCCGCGCAGGACCUCCUACUACUACUCGCCGCGGGCGGGCGACCCCGUGGGCUCGUCCCCGCUCCACCCCAGGGCCUCCGACGCGCAGUUCCCGCCGCUGCCGCUCUCGCCGCCCAGGCGCUCCUCCUCCGCCAAGCGGCGCCACCGGAGGCGCGCCGUCAAGCUGGCGCCCUCGGUCAGCGGCAGCAGCGUCCUGUCCUCGCCCGUCUCCACGGGCUGCCGCUGCAGGCGCAAGCCCGAGCUCGUGCCCGUCCAGGCGCCCGGCACCCCGCCCUGCCGCCGCGACAGGUUCGUCGGCUACAACGACGACGACUCGCCCGACUCGGCCGAGACGCUCAAGAAGCCCACGGUCACCGUCGACGAGCUCCGCCUCAACGGCAAGGUGAUCACCUCCGCCACCGACAUCAUCAUCGACCUGCGGACCAACAAGAAGAGACCCGACAACACCAAGACGCUGCUCCCGCCGAUCAUCACCAAGCCGGCAAGGACAACCCCCAACGGCUGCGAUCUCGAGGACAAGCACAUCGACGUCCUCGCGCACGCUACCCAACGCACCACCACCACCACUCCUUUCUCGGACGAACAGAUCAGCAAGGCCGUCGCCAAACCGAGGCGGUCCGUGUCAUCAUCGACGGCGCGACGGCUCAAGACGCGCGGGAACACGCCGCGCGUCGCGUCCUCCAAGAAGCCCAAGCCUCCCUCGCCUGCGCGGACGAAGCCGCCGCCGCCGCCCCUGGCGGAGAGCUUCGCGGUGGUCAAGACCUCGCGGGACCCGAGGAGGGACUUCCGGGAGUCCAUGGAGGAGAUGAUCGCCGAGAACGCCAUCUGCACCGCCGCCGACCUCGAGGACCUCCUCGCCUGCUACCUCUCCCUCAACGCCGCCGAGUACCACGACCUCAUCGUCGACGUCUUCGAGCAUAUCUGGGCACGCCUCGCGGGCAUCGACAUGUAGCAAGCAGUCAGUGCGAGUGCCCUUGCAUGCUGUGCAAUGCGAUGCGCUCUUCUCUUGUUGCAUGGUGAAUCCUGCGAGUCACAUCGUGUCAAAAGAAGGGUUGUCCACCUUACCUAAUUAGCCCCUGUUAAUGAUCCUGAAUUGGGUAUGAUAAAUAUUCCCCAAACCUGUGAAGCCAUGCUCUUCUUUUUUCCUCACCUUGCUGGUAGUGUACUGUGAAGUACUUGCUCGAGACCAGCACCUGUAACUCAAAGUACGUGGGUGUGUACAAGUAUAAACACCAGUCAUUGCCUCUACUACUUUGUUUGUAGAAGUAAAUUGGAUAAAGACUGUUGCUGAGACUAGUUCAUUUAAGCUCAACAGUCAAAAAAAUUGGCAAGUUGUUAGUACAGUAUUAUUUUACUGGUA